GAGUGAGCGAAGAAGCGAGCGAGUAGUGCAGGGAAAGAAAUGAAGUAGAAUUUUUUGGAUUGGUUUUGAAGUUUGAUUCAAAAUUUGAUUCGAAAAUUUAUAUUUCCAAGUUAUUUUGUCAAGUUGGAGGGUAGAUGAGGUAGGAGAGAGGAUCUAGCAAGUCGUGUUGAUCAGUUUCUUUGUGGGGGACACCAAAAUGGCAAUUGUACACGAACACAGUUCCAUCGUUCAAGACGUUGAAGUAGUUGAUUUGACGGAUGAAGUCGCUGGACCAAGUACGAGUACACCGGCCGAGGCAACUCCAUCGCCAACCGUAAUGACGGAACAAAAUGCGUCGUGUUCGGCGUCUAAUAAUGAAGCAUCUCCUCCUGUAAUUGCGGAGAAGGUCGUAUUUCCACCACCGUGCUCUUGGUACAAGAGCUCUAUUGCUGCCUCCCGUGACGACAUGUGGGCGUAUUGUGCCGCCGGAGUUAUCGUCCUAGUCUAUCCACCAAUCUCUUAUCCAUCCAAGCCGGAAGAGCUGGUCAUUCCACCCGAAGCGAAGAAAAAUCCUGAGGAGCAACAAGCAGCAGGAGACAUUGGUCAAAUACAUGGUGCAAGUCCGAAAGUUGCCAGUGAUACGUCUUCUAACAAACGAUGGCCGAGAUUCGAGCUGGUUGGACCCCAACUUGAAAAAUAUAAUGCAAUCAGCUUUUGCCAGAGUUCCUGGGACUAUUUGCCUGUGGCUAACGCUCCCUUGGUGUCUGGAUGUGAAAGGGGGGUUGUUCGAAUAUGGAAUUUGGAUAAUAAAUCGACAAUGAUUUUCCAUGAUAGUCACACCGGAAAUCCAAUCACGGGUCUUGACUGGUCUCCAUGCGAUCAUUCAGUUAUCUACGCGAUUGACGAUAAGGGAACAAUGAGCGUCUGGGACGUUGUGAAAAACACACUUCGAACCAUGAACUUUGGAAAAAUCAAUCCGACUUGUCUGAACGCGUCGCCAAAUGAAAGAGAUAUAGUUUGCUUUGGUACCAGAGGUGGGAACGUGCUAAUUGUGGAUGUCACCGGAAAUAGCGGUAAAAUCCUGGCAAAAGUUCGUCACGAAGAGGAAGUAGUGUCCACAGCGUGGAUGCCUAAAGGAGAAUUUGAUCUCGUGAAAUACUUCAAUGCUGGAGCAAAGACAAAGCUUCCUUUACUCGCAUCGAGCAUUCACUCCAUGAAAAUGCCCUCCAUUCGGGUUUGGGACAAGAUGGGGGCAGACAUUGGGAAGUUGCAAGUUUGGGACAAGGACGGCAGAGUCAGACCAUUCAAAAUGUUUGGGAGUGCGGGUUGGGCUAGAGAUCCUAAUUCUGGGAAAUUGCUAAUGAUUUCUACCGGACGACGAGGAGAAGUGUACGCCUGGUCGAACGAUAUUGUUCCCACAUUGCUUCACAACGCUCACACCCACAAUGCUAUUUUUGCAAUCGUCCAAUGUGGGGACAUCGUAUGGUCGCUGGCAUACGAACCAGUCAUUGUUGGUUAUAAUUUGAGGACGAUGGAGGUUGAAUGUGUCAUCCCCACAUUCAAAGGAAUAUGUGUCCUCUCUCCGUCUCCCGUGGAUUCAUCUCGACUAGCAAUUGGAGGAACAGAUUCUGUUAUUCGUGUCCUUAAAUGCGUCUCCGGCUACCCGAAUGAAGGUGAUGGUUGCAAUAGAGCUCCAAUUCUCACUCAUCGAUUGAAGGGGAAAGUUACUGCCAUGGCAUGGCACCCCACCCGCGAUAACUUCAUUGGAUUCGGCACUGAUGAAGGCGUCCUUGGCGUUUACGAGUUGAAAGAAAACAAUCGAUUCGCGACACAGUUUGAGCGUCGAGUCAACGGAACGGUUUAUACCGUCAUGUUUGGCCCUUCAGUCUAUACUGAAGGUUAUGUACGACCUUCUCGCGAAACUGCUGAACCUGAAAAUGCUGCUGGAGCUUCUUAUGAUGAUGACGCUGCCCUUCCUGCUGAAAGCGAGGGUUCUCCUGAGAACAAAAAGGAAAAGGAUCAAAUGAUGCUGUACGCGUGUGGAGGAAAUACGGUGUACAUGAUCAGCCCAUCUAGACCUACAAAUGCGUUGAUUAACGUGAGCAGGAUUAUUGAAGCAAGUAAUCAAAAUAAUAAGAGCAGUAGUCUAUGUACCAACAAAGCUACGGAGGUUCGAUGGGCCCCAGACUUUUCAUUGUUGGCCGUUGGAUACCAUGAUGGGCGUAUAGAGUUGUAUACCCCACCCAAUUUGAAAGUAGUCUGUUGGAUAAAGUGUCACUUGCGUGCUGUUCAGUUUCUAACUUGGAGGCCUUUCGACUUCAAAAGUGGGCAAGAAAGUGAAACCCGAUGGCUGGCUUCUGCAUCGAAUGAUGGCACAACCCGUUUGUAUAAUCUUGGUACACUGUACAACGAGUUGAAGGCGAAUGCAAGUGAUCCCGUCAUAGAAAAAGAACCAUUAAUGCUGAUCAGUAGCGAGGCUACAUUGCAAGGUCACGGAGUUCGGGUUAUUUCUUGUGCCUGGAGUCCCUUUAAUAAGAACUUGCUUGUUACUGUGGCAUAUGAUUGUACUGCGAUUAUAUGGAAUAUUGAAGAUGGAUCACACGUGGCACGUUAUAUGAAUCAUUUGCAUCGCCUAGUGGCUUGCUGUUUCCAUCCAACUGAUCCAUAUAAAGUGAUUUCCGUCAGUGACGAGCAAUCCUGCGACUUCUCCGUCCAUGUCUGGGAUUAUCGAGCCCACCCAUUUCGACGAUCCGCGCCUAAAAAAAUUCUUGGAUGCAGACCCGUGCAAGCCGUUAAAGCGACCAAUGAAACAAUUCGUGCCACUGAGGAAGUCCAGCAAGUGGUGUCGAUUCAGCACGUUGGUGCAGGGAAAGUCGUCGCCAGUGGUUCGACCAAGAAGACGACAAAGCCCAAGUCUCUUCUCCCACUUACAUCAAACAGCCUUAUUAACAGCAAAUGCUCAAUUACUGAAGAAUUGACUUAUCUCGCGGAUAAAAAGCCAGUCAAAGGAGGAAGUGCUGCUCAAGCAUGGCAGGAUCCAGAUCAUCCAUCCGUCUAUCUAGGAGUUUUAGGAAGUGCGGAGAAUUGUGUAGAGAUGCUUAAAGUAGAGCGGCGAGGUCACGACGCCAAAAAACAAUUUGACCACUCUGUUAUUCUCUCAGGUUGGAUGGGAGACAGCAAAUGGAUUGAAAAAGCCAUCAAGAAUCGUCAAGUCACGGAAUCCAUGAUUAUUAUGGCAUCUCCAUUUUCACAGAAAUUAUACUUGGAGGCAGUGAGCGUAUUUGCGGAGCAAUUGGUCGACAGCGAAGAAUACGUCCGAGCCAGCAUGUACUUCCUGCUCGUUGGCAAGCUUGACACUGCCGUGAAAGUUCUCGUGGACCAUGCCUUAUUCCGUGAAGCCGUCUCUCUGCUCAAGGCUAAUCAACCGGAUAAUAAGGAAUUACUCCAUGAAGUAUUGGUAAAAUGGGCUUAUCGUGCAAUCAAUGACGGAAACUAUGAAUUGGCAACAAAAAUCUACUUCUCCUCUGGGGAAUACUCAAACGCACUGGCGGUCAUUGAGAAGCGUGCACUUCCAUACGCUUUCCAUGCUGGAUGCUACAUUUCAUCCAAGUUGGGCGACGAUAAAAAGUUGGAAAUGUUUGGAACAAAAUUUGUCCUGGACGCGAUUACUACUGGAGCAUAUAAUGAGUGUUUCAACUUGAUCGAGGACCAUCCCACCUUGAAGUGGCUCACUUCAAUUGUUAAGGUUCAUGAAUGCUUGACUGGAUUUUCCAAGUACGCUAAGAGUAUCAAGACUGAAAAAGAUUUUGAUAUGUGGAGGAUGAUUCUUGCCAAUUUGAUUGACGAAAUUCGAGGAUACAUGGGUGAAGUUGAGGGGAAAGAUUUGGAUUUGGAUAUCACAAAGAUUUGCACUAACAUUCUGGUCUCAAUCCCCCAAAGUGAAGCAGAUGCUCACCAAAUCAUCACCAAAAAUUUAAGCCUUAUGAUGAUUGGAAUUCACGACCACGAAAGUGCUAUAGCCAAAGCUGUUGAAAUUAUCAAAUUAGCAGAUGCUUGGUUUGAGAAGAAACAGAUUCCAUUGUAUUUCUCUGUGGUGAUGAUGACUGACUUUGUUGUCACUGAGUUCAAAUACUCGUCUGUGGAUGAGCUUCCCGAGAACGUUACUUCUGCAAAACGCAAUGCAAUCCUACUUUUGAAAAAUUCUCUGAAUCUCAUUGAUGAUGAAGCAGCCAUAAAUGCCGAAGAAGAAGAAAGUGGUCACCCCUCUGGGGAAGAAGGUGCUACUCAAACUAAUGGGGACUCGACCGUCGCGGUUGAAGACGAACCUGCUACUCCUUCUACUUAAGUAAAACCAGGAGACUCAAUAUUCUCUUAAAUGGAAACUCAAUUUUUCGCUUUUUUAUCUACAUUUAUUUUAGAUACUUAAUUUUUUCUAUCCAUUAAUUAAUUUUUGCUACUUAAAUAUAAUGAAGUAUUGAUAUAAAACUGCUGUGUUCAGAAUUUCUGGUCUCUAAAGACAAAAAGAGAAUUGUCAAUGUACCUUUACAACGAUUUUUGAAGUCGUUAGUGAUACAAACUCAACACAUCAUACCAGUAAUAAUUCUAGCUUUAUUACCAACAGUAUUUAUUCAUUCAUGAAUUAUAAAAAUUUUCAUUGUGUGCUUGAUACGGAAAUAAACUUGAAUUGAUUUAUUUCAUUA